UAAGGGGAGGCGUACCCCUUGCCCCAAUUAGAGCGCCGCGAGAGGAGGGGGCGGGCCAGCGCCUUCCUCCACACCAUGGCUGGCCUCCCUCCUGUCACUUACCCAGAGGACGAGGCUGUCGCACAGCAGCUGGUCGCUCGGUUUCCCUUCCAUAGCGAUGGCGGCGGCGGCGGUGGCAGCGAUUCUCCCCUCGGCAGCAGCGCCGCGCUCCUCUCGCGGAGCGCACAAUGCACCAACCUGAUUUACGGCCAGAACAAUGCGCAGGUUACGUGUCAGCCACCGCCUGUGUCACCUCCAUUGACACCCAUCUAUUCCGUUCGGGCGGGGAGAGCUUUUCGUAUUUGACAGGGGAGCCGGCCAAUCGUGAGUUCACGAAACCGAGCUGGCGUUGCCUGUUAAACCACGUAACAACGCAUUCGGUCCAAUCAAGGAGUAGCGCCGAGGGCGGGCGGGAGGCAAAGCGGACCUUCAACUGCGAGUAGCUGUGGCGCCAUCUACCGGAAACGUUGAGAAAUGGAUGGGUCUGACCUAGACGGGAGCGGGAGACUCGGAAGCUACUCAGAAAAAUCCUCCAAUCACCCUUUUGGUUAGAGAGCAAGUAGUCUGGCUGGCUGUUGGUUCUUUAAUUUAAGUCAAGAGAUGAGUCCUCUGGAAAAGAAUUAUGUCCCUUUGUCCUCAAGAAAUCACAUCGAAUCCCUUAGACACUGGAAACAAAGUUACCACAGUGAUUUGAACUGUCCUAUCUGCCUCCAGACUGCUACUUUCCCAGUAGAAACCAACUGUGGACAUUUAUUUUGUGGUUCCUGUCUGAUUGAAUACUGGAAGCAUGGAUCUUGGCUUGGAGCAAUAAACUGCCCACUCUGCAGACAGAAAGUUAUUCUUCUGUACAUCUCCUGCAAAAAUCAGCCAGACAAGCAAAGCAAACGUAUCGUAUAUGACAUCAAAGAUUACAAUAAACGCUUCUCAGGACAGCCUCGGCCUUUUUCAGAUUAUCUUUAUGACGUGCCCCUGCUUCUCAACCUUGCCAUAAGAGGAAUCUUCACCUUGGGUGGCCUUGUGUGGAUCUUCUUCCUCAGAGUUGUCAUCUGCUCUUUUGGAACCAUCAUGUGCUUAACUUCUUCACUUGAUGUGAUGCCUGAACGUCUUUGUGGAAUCUUGGGGGUGGUUGAUGACCUAGUUGUUGUAUUCCUCCUUUUAACAUGUAUGAUAAACAUUGGCUCACGGAUGGAAUUGGAAAGGGCAAAUAUGACAAAUGCUACAACACAAAAUAUUCUGUUGGAUUCAUGAUGAGAUGACUCUGGUACUUCUUAAGGGAAAACCUUAGCGGAGACUAUGAUGAGCUCUCCUUAAUCUUGGAAAGCAACACAAAAUAGAUUUUGCUUUGAAGGAUGUACAAGGGUUGAUGCACUGGUGUUUGAAGAAGAACACGAAAGAAUAUGUUGAGUGGGGAGGCAUUAAUGUUCAUCAUGGACUAAAACUCAAUGACAUCCAGGAAUCUUAGAGAUACAGUGCUGAAAGUUGCUGCUUGUCUUUUGUGUACUUGCACUGAAUUGUGGGAUAAGACCAUCUCUAUUUCAUAGCUCAACAGUUCAGAUGUGAUGAAAAAACAUUCAGUACAUUUAAACUUGAAAAUGUUCAAACUUUUAUAAUUGUAGCACCUUCAAAAUUACUUUUAUGUCUUUUAUACACAGAAGGAUGAAAACCGUCUCCUAGGACACGGGUGAAUUAAACCGCUUACUGAACAGAGAAAAUUCUUUGGAUUUCACAUUUGUGCAGAUACAUGUAUAGUGAUGGCAUUUUGGAUACAUUGUAACAAUGUUGUAAUAAUUGUAACCAUCACAGUAAUUAUCUAGAAUCAAACUAAAACUAAAAUUCACAAGUGGAAAAAACUAAUAAUGAAAUAGAAGAAAUUAAGAAUAAGACAUGGCAGUUAAGAACAUAUCUGAUUCUUCUAGAUAUACAAAGAUCCUGCAGAGAUUUUAAAAUCACUUCUGUAUGCGGAGCCUCACAGUUAUAUUUUUACUUGUUUCUUUGUACCCAAGGAGAUUUUAUACUGUAGGCAGUUUUAUAUACAUACUUAAGUUGAGUGCAAGGCCAAACAAAUAUAAGCACAUAGGUUGACAUCCCAACAAAGUAUGUGAGGGUCAGUGACAUGUUUCCUGUCUUACAGAAUGCUUCUGGAGCACAGGCAGUGAACUCUAAUGGCUCUUGUGCAGCAGCACACACAGAGGGGGAUGAGGGCAAUUGGGUGUGCGGGCUCCCAACACAUUCCCCACAACCCCUCCUGAUGUGUGUGCUUUGUUAGUCCGGAUGUCAGCCAGUAUUAUUAGUAAGUAGCCUGAGACUUGACAGUAAAUAAAAAAUGCUGGUAAUAAAAGAAUACUAACACAUUUUAAAUGUAACCUGGAUUUGUGCUGUGAAUUGUGUGUUAUGGAAUGUGAAUUUAUAUCUUGUAUAUCUAAGAAUGAAUGUGCAUAAAUAUUUAUUGUUCACAAUG